GAUACACCUACCACCUCGAGUUACCUUAUUUUGGAAUGGAAGGAAGAAAGAAAAAAAAACUAUGAAAAGAUGGGGGACGAGGUGAGGAAUACCAGCUAGAAUUGUUAGCCGUCAAUACUUACUAGCAUUAUCAUAAAUCAAUCAGCCAGGAUUUGCAAGUCGUUAAUAGGAGGUAAAAGAGUAAGAAGACACUUAAUUUAGAAUCUCCCAAGAUUAGCGGGAAGAUUAAUCAGGGGAAAAAACGGUCAACUAAUACCAAAAAUAUUUGUUUCCGCGUGGGGACGGGACGAGAGAGAGAGAGACGGUGAGAAGUAGUGGCGUGUAGCAUUUUUAACCAAAAUGCAUGGCACGCCAUUGACAGCGCCACCACCGUCGGAUGAGCUGACCGAUCCAUCGUUUCCGUCAACGAAGACCGAGUCAUCAGGUAAAGAGAGAGUCUUUCAUCGGACGGGGAAAUGAGAACGGGAACACCGGACCACAGACUCAUCACCUUCUGACAGUUGGGGAACGGAAUGCUGAGUUGGCAAAGUGGGCGGGCCGGCGGGCGGGCACUUUUCCUUUUUUCGACCCAACCGAAAGUGAGCCAGCGGUGUCAGUGUUGCAGCACGAGCCGUCGAUACGACAUUUUAAAAAAAGCAACGGACAGGAUGAUUUGGGGGAGCGAAUUUGAGGUUCAUUUAAGCUGAAUUUCACAUUCCCCGAAAAUUCAUUUUAAAAAACAGGCCCCCUUCAACUCCCUUUCAGGCUUAGCUUAGCCCUCUCCUCUCUCUCUCACUCUCAAUAGCCACAUCCCGCCCUCAGCCGAACGAAACCAGCUGAGCCUCGUCGUCACCACAAACCCAACAUCCACUCCCUGCGGCGGAGAAUCCACCGGCCGACUAAUUCCGGGCGUUCCCUUUCUUACCAGGUGAAUUCCCAAUCCAUUCUUCUAACGUCUGUGGUGAGCUUUCUUCCUCCUGAUAAAUUUUUUCCGUGUUCUCGCCGUCCGGUCGUUUACAGAUUUCGGCGAUAUUGAAUAUGCUCGUUCGAUUGAAGAAAAUUGGAUUGAAUUUUCGAGGCGCAUUUGCUUCAUUAAUUCCUUGCUAAUGAUUAUUACGAUCUGAUUUCUAAACUAAAUUAUCCUUGUAUGAUCCGAUAACGGGAAUGGUUGUGGAUUUGACAUUAUUCUCUCGUUUCCCGUGAUCAAAACCAUCAAUGUCGUUACUAGUUCUCAGAGAUAGGGGUUCAUUCAUGAUUAUCGCGUGUGAAUCUUGUUUCUGUGAUUUGAACAUUAGCAGGAGAGUGUUUGGCUUGGUAAUGGACUGCAAGUAACAUUUACGACAAUUCAAUUGAGAAUCCAAUCGUAAAAUUUGCUACAACAUGUCAAUGUAAAACUGUUAUAAGGAUUCUUUUGUGGUAGUGGAUCAUUUUAGAUAAGUUAGGAUCUGGAUUUCGAUACAUAUUUAUCAGAAGACAUGGUCUAUCUUGGUAACAGGUAUUAAGAAAUGGCAGAAGGUGAGGAUAUUCAGCCCCUUGUCUGUGACAAUGGUACCGGAAUGGUCAAGGCUGGGUUUGCCGGAGAUGAUGCUCCGAGGGCUGUCUUCCCUAGCAUCGUUGGUCGUCCUCGCCAUACUGGUGUGAUGGUUGGUAUGGGCCAGAAAGAUGCUUACGUAGGUGACGAGGCUCAAUCAAAGAGAGGUAUUUUGACCUUGAAAUACCCGAUUGAGCACGGUAUCGUCAGCAACUGGGAUGACAUGGAGAAAAUUUGGCAUCAUACCUUUUACAAUGAGCUCCGUGUCGCGCCUGAAGAGCAUCCGGUUCUUCUCACAGAAGCCCCUCUCAAUCCCAAGGCAAAUCGUGAGAAGAUGACUCAGAUAAUGUUUGAGACCUUCAACACCCCUGCUAUGUAUGUGGCCAUCCAGGCCGUCCUUUCUCUUUAUGCCAGUGGCCGUACAACUGGUAUCGUUCUGGAUUCUGGAGAUGGUGUCUCCCACACAGUCCCCAUCUACGAAGGAUAUGCACUCCCACACGCUAUUCUCCGUCUGGAUUUGGCCGGUCGUGAUCUCACUGACGCCCUCAUGAAAAUCCUGACCGAGCGUGGCUACUCCUUCACCACCACAGCAGAGCGAGAAAUUGUGAGGGACAUGAAGGAGAAGCUGGCCUACAUCGCACUCGACUACGAGCAAGAGCUGGAGACAUCCAAGACCAGCUCAUCAGUCGAGAAGAGCUACGAGCUGCCAGAUGGACAGGUCAUCACCAUCGGAGCUGAAAGAUUCCGAUGCCCUGAAGUCCUCUUCCAGCCAUCCAUGAUAGGAAUGGAAGCUGCCGGUAUCCACGAAACCACUUACAACUCCAUCAUGAAGUGCGACGUGGAUAUCAGGAAGGACCUCUACGGUAACAUUGUUCUCAGUGGUGGCUCCACCAUGUUCCCGGGCAUUGCGGACAGGAUGAGCAAGGAGAUCACCGCGUUGGCUCCGAGUAGCAUGAAGAUCAAGGUCGUCGCGCCUCCUGAGAGGAAGUACAGUGUCUGGAUAGGUGGCUCCAUCCUGGCUUCCCUCAGCACUUUCCAGCAGAUGUGGAUUGCAAAGGCAGAGUACGACGAGUCUGGACCAUCCAUUGUCCACAGGAAGUGCUUCUAAGCAGAAUCUGAUUUUGCCGAGGGAGCCUUGGCGGACAGUUCACAUAUACUAUACCUUUUGUAUCAAGGAAAGGGGAGUUCUACCUGAGAAUCACGUGGGUUGCAAGCAACAUUUUCUCUUUUCGUUCUGCCUUUUUCUUUUCCAUAUAUUUUUUGGUUUAAUUUUGGGUCUUGUGCUCUGUUCUUUAUUAUUCUCCUGGACAAGAAAAAUAUUUUUAAUCGGAAGGUUGGUCGCAAUCAGAUCCAUUUUUGUUUUUGGUGGAACCAUUUUUUCUUCUUCUUCAAUUUGAUAUUUGAUUGGUAGAAGAAAGAGUUUUGUGUAUUUUUGUAACUUGAUUUGGUUGUGGGUUAAAAGUUAUCAGGGCAUUCAUCAUUCCUAUUACAUCAUUGGUUCUUGUAAGAAUCUAUUUUGUUCUAAAUAAGAGGGGAAAAAAAACAUUAUAAAUUACAUUCCUCUUUUCCCAUGUUAAAUUCAUUUUUCUGUAGCAUUCUCGGUAGUUGUUAUUAACCUUUUGAUACAACCGUUUGAUGUAUUUUAAUAUAAAAGACCAAUGUGG